UUGCGACCCAAAGGAAGCUGGAACAACAUCUGUGAACGUGACGUACUUCAGUGAUGCUUUUAGUACUAGUCCCAUUGGAAAUGUAUCUAUCGGAAAACUUCAUGGUAAUAGGUGUAUGACUAUGGUUCCAGAUAAUGCAUUCAGAAUUAGAUUAUUUAGCAACAGUGGACUAUGGAUGCUCAAAUUGUGAUCUUUUAUAUUCUUGGAAUAUUCUGGGUCUAUAUUCAGACAUGUUGUGCAAGCUCACUGGAUGUCGACAGAAGUAAAAGGUUUCUAGACAACGAUCAGAGAACUCGAAAUAAACGCAAUGCUACUUCCACCAAUACAGAAAGCAUUAGAUCACACUCAGGUGGGGUAGAGGACCCAGAAUGGAUGAAAUAUGACGGGUCAAAUUCUUACAUGCAACGAAAGGCUUAUAAAGAAAAUCCAAACAAAGAGCCGACAAUCUGCUUUAACAACAAUACCCAAGAAAUAGAUGGGAUACGCCUUAAAAAUGUGAAAUUUAUUUGUCCAAUGGAGGACCAAUCAGAUGACAUGAUUCACUGUUGUGGAGGGGAAUCAGCUCAAAGAUGUUGCAACAAAACCGAAUACGAUGCUGCAAAGAAAAAAGAUGAAAAAACUGAUAUGGAUCCCGAAAUGGAUAUCGUUACAGGGAUCAGCAUAGCAGCUGCAUUCAUCGUGUCAAUAAUGUUUUGUAUGUUCCUGUACUGUUGCUGUUGUCAAAGACGACACGAAAUACAUGAUGGCGUCAAACUGAUGUGGGUCAGGAGGUCGUUUGGAAAAGAACUUAGAACUGCAAAGGUAAACAGACUAGAACAGCCGGCAUACCAAGAUCACAUGACAGUGGUAAAUAGCAUUACAGGACUGAGGGAGACCAGUCGUCAGGGAAGCAGACAGGGAAGCCGUAAAGGAAGUCGACAGCCAAGUCGACAAGGAAGUUUGCGAAGUAACAGAAGUAGACAGGGUAGUUUUAAAGCGGGGAGUAGAAAUCCGAGUGCAGCUCCCACGCCGUCAAUCAGUCGUCGUGCAUCCAAUGAUCACCAUGACCGCACCCCACUAAAACAACAAAAAGGUACAGGUGAAAGAAAUCAUUUAGGUCUUGAUGUACCUAGUAAUGUUGUGAUUACCGUUACAACGCCGUCAGAUGAACAUGGACCAACCGCGCUUUUGCUCAAAACCGCUCAUCAUGAGAGAUGCAACACAGUACAUGUACAUUUUGACGAUGUCAUAAUGUCGUCAUCGCCUACAUAAUCUGAUCAAUUGUGUUUUGAGAUCCAGAAUCAUGAAAUAUAGUCGCAAACUAAGCAAUACAAUAGGUCAUUAUUAAUGUACUAUAACAAUGUGAAUGCAGAGGGAGACAAUCCAAGAAGAGCAGCAGCAUCUGAUUUUACCUUUACGAAAAAUCCAUGAAAGAUGUAAAGCUCUUAGAAGAGCCUGUGUUAUAGCUAUUUUAUUGUAUUGUUGAAUCGACUUUACUAUGUGUACAAAUGUUAUUUACUUGAUUUUUUUAAUUAUAAAUUAGUAAACGAAAUCUAUAAUGAUAACUUUAAAACUGUAAUACAUGACACUAAUUCACAUUUUCCUCUACUCUUCUACUGUGUAGUGACAGGAUUGACUGGAAUAAUUCUUGCAGUUGUAGUGUCUGAUUGAAUUUGUUAAAUAUAUCUUUAUGCAUGCAACCUAAUAACCCGACAUCUAAUGCGAUAAAAUUUUGAACCGUAUAAUUGAAACAGAUAAGUUUCAUUCAUUGCUGUUUAUAGUCUGGUUGAAUUACUUUUUUUCUAAACUUUGUCAAUUAAAUGCUUGCGUGUGUACAAUUAUGAUACUUGUGAGUACAUUUUAAAUGGUAAAAUUUGUAUAUCUGGUUUUUGUUUGCAUACUUGUUCACUAAUGCCAGUCUAUGUAAUUUAAUUAAUGGAAAUCAAUAACGCUACUUAAUAAUUGUGCUUUAAUCUUUUUCCAGUGCCAUGCGGCAAUGUCACAUUUAUAUCCAUUAAGUUGUCUGGAAUCAUUGAUUCUAAGUCUGUAAUUGUUACUGAUCGUUUAAGUUUGUUUUUACUCAUACAAAUCAAUAAUGAAAUCUAAUAAAAUUUAAAACAUAAAUGUAGAUCCUUAAAAUUAUGUUGCAAAAAAGGUUAAAAAGGUUUGGAGCACUUAGCGUUUCCAAUUUUUUAUCUAUAAAACGAUCUGCGUGCAUUGUCUUCUUUUUGAAUUCCAUCUUUGUUUCUACAUUGAUUUUAUCGAUGUUUUGUAGGUACAUUUAUCAACUUUAUGAAAUUUUUCGAAAUGUAUGUAGAUUGUUCUUGGCUUGUACAUAUGUAUGUAGAUUGUUCUUGGCUUGUACAUUGACAUUACUCUAGAAAUAUGUUGUAUACAUCAAGUGGUCAUUGUCUCAAAUUGUAUCACAGUCUUCCUCAACUGUCUGACUGAACUGUAAAUAGUUCUAAAUCAAACAACUCAAGUCCCCCCUGCAGUUAGUUAUUGUUGUUCAAUUUUGCUCAAUGGUUUGAUGAAACGAUGAUUAUCUUGAACGAAAUUCCUGGACAGUUGUAAUUAAAGACGGGUAACUUUUCUGAAAUCUAUUAUAUUCGUUUAUUAUUUUCCAUUAUUCGUCAGUAGUUAGUCAAAGUGUUUAUAAGAAUCACAGUUAAUUAAAUGUUUUAUUUCGAAUAAAUUUAUUAUUUAUAAAAUUUGAAAUAACUUGACCAAUUUAAAAAUACCCUAAAUGAAUUCAGUGAUAACCAGCUUCUAUUUCGCUGUAUUUAAUGUACCGAAAAGCACGAAAACUGUUCUUAAAGAGGCCUGGAAUUCAUUCUGUCGGAUUUCUUUUUCAUACUUGCUCCAGAUAUUACUAUCAUACAGAUUAUACAUAACUGUCAAACAGGAAGAAGUUUGUUUUUUUAUAAAUUUAUAUUCAGCCCCAUUCUAAAGGUAUACCAUUUGAUAUUCUGUUUGAUUUACAUAUUGUAUCAUAUAAAACCGCAUAUAUCUAUUUACAAAUGAUAAACGUAAAAUUGUUAUAUGUGUGUACAAAUUUUUAACUAAUUUAUGGUACAAUCUUUAUCUGAAGUUAUUCCGGCAAUAUCUUCAACACAAUAUCGAACCAGCUAUUGGGUAAUUCAGAAUACUUGCUGCAAACAAAUGGCCUUAUAUUCCUAUUUUUUCCAAAUUUUCAGUUCUACUUCAGUUUUACACUGAAUAUGUCAUAGCAUUUAAAAUUGCAUAUCGUGGAGUGGGAGCAUUCAUCAAAAUCAAAACCAAAAGGAUAAAGAAAACAAAACAAUACAAAUGAGCUAUUGUGUUGACCUCAUAAGUGACUAUAACAAUUAAACCUUUAUCCACAUUUGGACAUCGUUUAUAUGAAUAUGUGUGUGUGGUUUAGUUGCACAAGUAAGACGUUGUACAAUGUCUGUUACCCAAAUUAAAUUUUGGUUGACACCAUAUUGUGCAUCUUCAAACAAUAAAGCUUUUAUGAAGCAAAGUGUUUCCUUCUAGAUUGAUAGAUAUCAAAAUUCUUUCAGUAGGUAUGUCUGACAAUAAGAGGUGCAAUACAAGGGUUGAUUGUUUUAUUAGAUCAGGCAUUGAUUGUUUGUUCUCUGCUUGCUUGAUUACAUAACAGACACACGGUUCAAUAAAGACAAUUGGAUACUAUGCCUGCUCUUAACCUGUCACCGAUAUUUGCUUUUUUCUCAAAAUAAAUCAGUGCGUAUUUCAUGAAUCGUUUUUCAUUUAAGGAAUGAUCAUCUCCCUAGGUAGUUAUCGUAGGUAUUAAAAUGCUAUAGAGAUAUACCUAUAACUGAUAUUUUAAUGAAAAGAUUAAUCGACCCGAAAAAAAAUAUUUAUCAGCAAUAAUAUAUGUAUAAGACACUUCUUGUAUCAGUAAACAUUGCACAUUUUACAACAAUAUUAGAGAUCUUGUCUAAAUUGCAACCAGUUUUAUGGGAAGUAGCCAUCAGGGGAGAUGAUCUGUUAUUAAUUAACAUUAAUACAUUUACUGAUUAUUAUGAAUAAUCUAUGUACAUAAAAAGCUAUAUGCACCUAUGUUAUUCUUUCACCAAGAAGUAAUCAUAACCAUAUCUUUUACAAAAAACAUAUUCAGAUAUGUACUUUGACAAUGAAACUAAAAAGAGGCUGCUUAUCGAUACUUAACCGUAUUUAAAGUAAUUUAGAGUAAAGUCGUAAAGCCAAGGUAUUAGCCCGAGUAUGUAUAGGUAAAACUUUUAAGAAAUAUAGCGAAGCUUUCAAUCAGAUCAAAAACAUAUUGAAUAAAAGCUUCCUUCUAGAGAUAGUAAAACAUACAGUUAACCAAUUAAGAACUAAGAUAUUACCUACAUAUAUAAAAUUUUGACACAAUGUCUAAUCAGUAUUUUGUUUCUUGAAAUUCUAAAAAGUAUGAUUGCUUACAUCUUUGGUGUGUUCAUACUUCGGUCAAUGUUUGUCAUACCACUGUCUUAAAAAGAGUGAGAUACUAAAUCUUUUAAAAAAGCACUAGUUCUAAGCUAUUUUUCAUUCUGCUUAACUUGCUUUUCAUUAUACCCACAGUAAAAUGUGACAUUUAAUCAGAAAACAUAAUUAGGUAAGUAACGAAAAUUAUUUCCGUUUAUGAACUCAUUAAAUGCUUUGCUAAUCUUAUUAAUACAGGCAUAUCAUUUUCAUCUAUAAAUUUAAGAGGGUCAUGUUUCAUACACCAUUCCAAAAGGAUUGCUUUUAUCAAAUAUGUUUUAAAGAAGGAAACAUUUUGACAUUCAUCUAAAAAGACCAGUUUUGUUAUAAUGUUUAACACUGCCUUACAGAAGUAUUCAAAUACCAUUUUCCUUAUCAAUUAUAUAUAUAAAUAAGUCAUACUAAGAAAUACGGAUAUUAUUGGCAAAAGUCAUCCUGUUUUCUAGAAGUAAUCAAAAUUGUUUCAUCAAUUAUUAUUAGGCACAUACCCGAUUAGCUAUAUCAUAUUUGACCUGUUCAAUUCAAUCGGACCAUUUUGGUUAUUAUGAGUAUGUAUUAACAUUUCGAGUGUUAUAGAUUCUUCAAAAAUAAACUUUUGUCAGAAAACACAUUAUAUAACGAAAUUGGUGCAGAUUGUAGAUAGAAAAGAAGGCAGUACUUUCUUCUGGACUUUUCUAUCAGUAUCAUUUUCCAAGACUGACCAUUCCCAAAUUUCACAACUGAAGCUGUAUUAUCAUGUUUUACUGUAACUUAUAUGUUGCAAAUGUCGAUUUAUAUUCAUUGUUGGCACAUAGUCUGUCACCAUGCACUCCUAUUUAUGUAUUAUAAUAAUUUUAUAUGUAUGUUGUAUUGUUCUUGAUAUUUUACAAAUUAAGAUUUUCAAUUUUAUGCACUUUUUUCUAAAAUAAAGCAUUUCAGAAUUAAAUAGUU